AUGGGUGGCGAUCUCAACCUCAAGAAGUCAUGGCAUCCCUCGCUGAUGACCAACCAGAAAAAAGUAUGGGAGGAGGAAAAGAGAGCGCUCGACGAGCGCAAGAAAAUCGACCAGAUCAUGAAAGAGCGCGCAGAGGAGAGAGAGAUAGAAGAGCUCCAGGCACUUCAAGAGGCAGCCGGUGGAAAGAAGAGACAGCAGCGUGUCGAAUGGAUGUACUCCGGGCCUUCAAGCGGACAACUCGGGACCACUGAAGAAAUGGAAGGAUAUCUGCUGGGCAAGAGAAGAAUUGAUGGCCUUCUGAAAGGCACAGAGAACGAGAAGCUACAGAAACCUACAACUACAGAUUCGUUCAUGGCUGUACAGAAUGCGAACAACUUGCGAGACACCGCAGCCAAGAUUCGAGAAGAUCCAAUGCUCGCGAUCAAGAAGCAGGAACAAGCCGCGUAUGAGGCCAUGAUGAAUGACCCCGUCAAGCGGAGGCUGUUGAUGAAGGCGGCGGGAGGCGGAGAUCAGGACGGAGAAAGAGAACACAAGCGAAGGAAACACAGACAUCAUCACAGGCAUCGCGAGGACCGGGACAGACACGAGAAGAGUCGAUCACAUAGAGAUGACGAUGAUGAUGAUCGGCAUGGAAGAAGCAGACAUCGACGGCGGAGGUCUCGUACACCCUCCGAGUCACGAUCACGGUCUCCGCCGCGCCGGGUAGAAAGACCUCGCUCUCGCUCUCGUUCUCGCUCUCCAUAUCAAAAGCGCCAUUCGUAUGCUUCUGGUGACCGACGCCCCCGGUCCCGGUCACGGCCCCCCUCAUACUCUCCGCCUCGGAGGAAUGGACAUGGUAAUGGCGUACGGAAGAUGCAAAGUUGGCACUCUUCGAGAUCGGAUCGACGGCGCACGCCAUCACCGCGACGUGGUCGUGAAAACGAUGUCGAUGAUCAAGAGGACAGAGCCGCGAAGCUUGCGGCUAUGCAACAAGACGCCAACAAUCUGGAUGAACAGAGAGAACAGCGACUGGCCGAUAUUGCAGAACGGGAGAGAGCACAGCGAGAACGUGACGACGCCGCUCGAAUGCGAAAUGCCAAAUAUGGAGGGCGUGCUGAUUUUGUGAACAGCUUCCAUAAAAAAGCUGGCGAUUUGACAUUGGGACAACGCAUGGGCAGGAAUGGUGUUUCACAGAGAGAUGGCGAUGAGUAG